AUGCAUUGGGGCCUGCGCCCUCGCGGGCCGGGGGCGGUGGCCCUGGCUGCGGCCCGGAAUCUGUGGGGCUUGCCCCGCUUUCCGUGUCGCCCGGGGUGGCGAGUAACUACUUGGAGGCUUUUGGUGCGGCCAGUCACCGGGGCCAGUAACCAGCAGCCGAACCCGAAUAGUGGCAAAUACCGGGACACGGUGUUGCUGCCGCAGACCAGAUUCCCCAUGAAGCUGCUGGGCCGUCAGCAGCCUGACAUGGAGCUGGAGAUCCAGCAGAAAUGUGGAUUUUCAGAACUUUAUUCUUGGCAAAGAGAAAGAAAAGUAAAGACAGAAUUUUGCCUCCAUGAUGGACCUCCUUAUGCAAACGGUGAUGCUCAUAUUGGUCAUGCUUUAAAUAAGAUUUUGAAAGAUAUAGCUAAUCGAUACCAUAUGAUGAAAGGUUCCAAAAUACAUUAUGUUCCAGGCUGGGAUUGUCAUGGGUUACCCAUUGAAAUAAAAGUGUUAUCAGAACUUGGUGAAAAAGUUCAUAAUCUAUCAGCUCUAGAAAUUAGAGGGAAAGCCAGAUCAUUUGCUAAAGCAGCCAUUGAAAAACAGAAAUCAGCAUUUACUCGUUGGGGAAUAAUGGCAGAUUGGAAUAAUUGCUACUAUACAUUUGAUGAAAAAUAUGAGGCCCAACAGUUGAGAAUUUUCUAUGAAAUGUAUGAAAAGGGGUUGGUUUAUCGUGCUUACAAACCUGUAUUUUGGUCUCCCUCAUCAAGAACUGCAUUGGCUGAAGCAGAACUGGAGUACAAUCCUGAGCAUGUCAGUCGUUCUAUAUAUGUAAAAUUCCCUAUCUUGAAACCUCCUCCUGCAUUGGCAUCUCUUUCAGAUGGCUCAUCUCCUGCUAGUGUCUUAGUCUGGACCACACAACCAUGGACAGUUCCAGCCAACCAGGCUGUGUGCUAUAUGCUAGAGGCAAAAUAUAACAAAAGUCGACUCUGUACAGAUUUGGAAAACAGUACUUGUACUCAUCCUUUAUUUCCUGAUAAAGUUUCUCCUCUUUUACCUGCAAGUCAUGUGACCAUGUCAAAAGGAACUGGAUUGGUUCACACAGCCCCAGCUCAUGGUAUGGAAGAUUACAGUGUAGCUUCUCAACACAACCUGCCAAUGGAUUGUUUAGUGAAUGAAGAUGGAAUUUUUACAGAUGUUGCAGGUCCUGAACUUAAAAAUAAGGCUGUCUUUGAAGAGGGAACAGAUGUGGUUAUAAAGAUGCUUCAGGCUGCAAAGAAUUUGGUGAAAGAAGAAAAAUUGGUACACAGCUAUCCCUAUGACUGGCGAACCAAGAAACCGGUGAUUAUUCGUGCCAGCAAACAGUGGUUUGUGAAUAUCAUGGAUAUUAAGCCCACAGCCAAGGAAUUAUUAAAAAAGGUGAAAUUUAUUCCUGGGUCAGCACUGAAUGGCAUGGUUGAAAUGAUGGACAGGCGACCCUACUGGUGUAUAUCAAGACAAAGAGUUUGGGGUGUUCCGAUUCCGGUUUUUCAUCAUAAGACAAAAGAUGAAUUCUUGAUCAACAGCCAGACCAUUGAGCAUAUUAUUAAACUGGUAGAACAACAUGGCAGUGAUAUCUGGUGGACUCUUCCCCCUGAGCAGCUUCUUCCAAAAGAAGUCUUAUCUCAGGUUGGUGGUCCUGAUGCCUUGGAGUAUGUACCAGGUCAGGAUAUUUUAGACAUCUGGUUUGAUAGUGGAACUUCAUGGUCUCAUGUCCUUCCAGGUACUGAACAAAGAGCAGAUUUAUACUUGGAAGGAAAAGACCAGCUUGGGGGUUGGUUUCAAUCUUCUUUAUUAACAAGUGUAGCAACAAGGAAGAAAGCACCUUAUAAGACGGUGGUUGUCCAUGGAUUUACACUUGGAGAAAAGGGAGAAAAGAUGUCCAAGUCUCUUGGGAAUGUUGUUAAUCCUGAUGCUGUCAUCAAUGGAGGACAAGAUCAAAGCAAAGAACCGCCUUAUGGCGCUGAUGUUCUUCGCUGGUGGGUAGCUGAGUCCAAUGUCUUCACUGAAGUGACAGUUGGAUCAUCUGCACUCAAUGCUGCCAGAGAUGAUAUUAGCAAGCUUAGGAAUACACUCCGCUUUCUUUUGGGAAAUGUGUCUGGUUUCAAUCCAGAAACAGAUUCCAUUCCUGCUACAGAGAUGUAUGUCAUAGACCAAUAUAUGCUACACUUACUACAGGAUUUUGCAAAUAAGAUCACUGAGUCAUAUAAACAGUAUGAUUUUGGGAAAGUUGUUCGACUGUUACAAGCAUUUUAUACAAGAGAACUCUCUAACUUCUAUUUCAGCAUAAUCAAAGAUAGGCUUUAUUGUGAAAACGAAAAGGAUCCCAAACGACGCUCCUGUCAAACUGCAUUAGCUGAGAUUUUGGAUGUAGUAGUUCGAUCUUUUGCUCCCAUUCUUCCUCAUUUGGCUGAAGAGGUGUUUCAGCACAUACCAUAUGCUAGCGAGCCCAGGAGUGUGUUUCGUACCGGGUGGAUUAAUACAAGCUCUAUCUGGAAGAAGCCUGGGUUGGAGGAAGCAGUGGAGAGUGCAUGUGCGAUGCGAGACUCGUUCCUUGGCAGCAUCCCUGGCAAAAAUGCAGCAGAGUAUGAGGUGGUCAUUGUGAUAGAGCCUGGGCUGCUGUUUGAGAUAAUGGAGAUGCUACAAACUCAGGAGACUUCUAGCACUUCUCAGUUGAAUGAAUUAAUGAUGGCUUCCCAGACAACUUUACUUGCUCAGGAACCACGAGAGAUAACUGCAGAUGCAAUUGAGCUUACAGGAACAUUCUUAAUCAAUUUAGAAGGUGGUGAUAUUCGUGAAGAGUCUUCAUAUAAAGUAAUUGUCAUGCCAACUACUAAAGAAAAAUGUCCUCGUUGUUGGAAGUAUACAGCUGAGUCUUCCGAUAUGCUCUGCCCUCGAUGUGCAGAAGUGGUUGGUGGAAAGUAGGACAUCAUUUUGUGUUUACCGCUAUUUGAGUAAGAAUCCCUCUGACACUACUGUCUGGGGUUAGAAUGAAUUCUGUA